AUGGACAGCUUAAAUGUUAACGGCAAUAACACUCAUGAAUUUUGUAAUGUUCAAUACAAACAUUUCGUGGCGCCUUACGGAGAGCUCUGGUGUAAUCCGGUAUGGGACUCAUUACUCUGUUGGCUGCCAACGAAAGCCUCUACUACGGCAAAACAGCAAUGCCCCUUCGUGGAUGGAUUUGAUACGACUAAAUCCGUAGAGAAGAAAUGCGGAUACAAUGGACGGUGGGAGACACAAAAUGGCACAAACAUGAACGAGAAAGUGUUCAUUGGUUGGGCGAAUUACACUACCUGCUUAACACCAGAAAUGCUACGGCUACACUACAGAGUCUACAAUAAUAAUGUCGAGGGCGAGAUGAAAAUGGAAAUAGCCGAGAAGACGCGCACUCUUGAAUUUGUCGGUCUCAGUAUAUCUCUGGUGGCUUUGCUUGCUUCUCUGGUGAUUUUCUGUCGAUUUAGAUCGUUGCGAAACACGAGGACCAGAAUUCACAAGAAUCUCUUUGUCGCCAUGAUCGUGCAAGUGCUGAUCAGAUUAAUGUUGUACAUAGACAUCGCGAUCUAUCGUGGGAAAUCGCACGGCAUACAACGAGGAAUAGGAAAUACCCCGGUAUUGUGUGAGGCCAGUUACGUAUUACUGGAAUACGUCAAGACUGCGAUGUUUAUGUGGAUGUUCAUAGAGGGUCUGUUUUUGCACAACAUGGUGACUGUGACGGUUUUUCAAGAAACGUCUUAUUAUCGGAUGUAUCGAUUCAUUGGAUGGGGAUGUCCAGUACUGAUGACCUCGGCUUGGGCCAUUGUUAUGGCAUUUUAUUAUCAUCCGAAAUCAAAAUUUCCUAGAUGUUGGUCGGGGUACAAUUUAUCAUCUUACUUUUGGAUUCUCGAAGGACCUAGAUUCGCAGUGAUCUUGCUCAACUUUUUAUUCUUGCUGAAUAUUAUAAGAGUGCUUGUGAUUAAAUUACGGCAAAGUCAUACAAGCGAAAUUGAACAAGUUCUGAAAGCCGUAAGGGCAGCCGUAGUACUUUUACCAUUAUUAGGCAUUACUAACGUGCUCUUCAUGAUCGAAGCACCGUUGGAUAACGUAAGCAAGUUCGCUGUGUGGUCCUACUCCACUCAUUUCCUGCGAUCGUUUCAGGGCCUUUUCAUCGCAAUGCUUUAUUGUUUUCUUAAUGGCGAAGUAAGACUCGCUUUGGAUAAAACUAUUACCGUUUAUCUUUCUCUAAGAGGAGGUGACUUGCAAACUAGAAGACAGUCGACUCUUAGCGGCGGUCAACCUCAGCGAAUAACUUCGGUGAUCGAGAUGGAAGAGGAAGAAACGAGACCUAUUGGGUUGAUGAGACUGUGCUGUCGGGGUGAAAAUAUCCCGCCACCGGAUCGAUCUGUCGAAAUACAAGAACAGAGACAUGAAAAAAAUUGAAUGCGUACUUUCUCGAGAUAUUUAGGAG